AGAGCAACAUAUUGUAGAAGAUUUCAUGUCGUUUCUGACAUUAUUCGUCGAGAAGCUUCUUUUGGUGGGAUGCGACAAGUUGCUUGCGUCGCGCGCUCCGUGUGGGAGAAAUAUAGAUAGAGGAGCAGACAGGCGCGAGCGCUCGUCCAACCGGAGGGGAGGGGAGGGGAGGUGGGGAGGAGGGGACGCAUUCUCCCCGAGUACACACAAGCAGCGGCCACAUCCUCUAUAGACAAAUCCGUGUUCAGUGACGUGUUUUCUAUUAGCCUGGUUUUUAAUGCACGUCCAAGCCUCUGCCAUAAGUGGCUGAUUUGGAUCUUUUAUCACUGAGAACCCACUCCCUCGCGUGCUUUUUACUGCCAUCAUCUCCCAUCAUCCCUUUUCCUAUUUAUUUAUUUUUUUUGUGCCUCGAUCGACCCGUUAUUCAGCCCAUCCACCGUCCACCCCCUAUCUUCUUUUUUUUCCCUCCAUCUCCUCCUCUAUGGGAGUGCGACGCGCUGCGAAUCUGAGCUAAAAGAGCCUGCAGGUAAGACCUCCACCAGCCUGUUUUGUUUCUAAUGAUCAUAAUUACACUGUGUCACUGUUGUUUGGACUUUGCUGCUUUAACGGAAUUCUCCGUUCAUCCUGUGUAAUUUACACGCCACAUUGAUCUGUUUCACGUUGCCUGUAACUUAGCCCACUACUGACAGUGUGGACUGGAGAACUAAAUGAAGAGAAAUAAUAACAAUCCCCAGUCUCGUGCCUCCUCUCUGAUUAAACACUGACUGAUUAUUUUCCACCUAUUUUCCGCGGGCCUAUAAUUAGCGUCUGCAACGUCUAUUAUGCAAAUGAAAGCCUUAUAAUAGCUCGGUUGGAGCUUUUUCCUGCACUCUUAAUGCAGCUGGGACUCAAAUGAUGUUGUAUGGAAUGAAAUGGUCCCACAGCCAGGACUCAUUGUUGUGACUGUGUGUUUGAUCUGUGUCCCACUCCAUUGAGUUUCUCUGUACCGGCCGCUUGAUGCUAGGCGUCCAUUUUCCACCGUGUAGCCUCUGCAGGCAGGCUGAUGUGUGUAGCUUCCUCUAUUAAUGAAUGCACCGCAGUCUGCAUCACUAUACUCGAGCCCUGCAUGCGCUCAGCCCCUGAUCCCUGAGCCUGUAUGUCUGCACAGCUUCUGCUUCUCUGCUGAUGAGGCCAACAUCUUAGCUUCACGUUGGACCUGAGCCACAUCAUCAUCACCAUCAUCAUCAUCAUGUCAUCUUAUGAGUGUCAGUCUCUAUUCAGCCCACUGUCUCCUCUCAUCUGCAAACCUGAGAGUCCUGCGCUCUUGCACAACCAGAGGUAAAAGGGCACCGAACAUCUGGCGCCCAAAUCAAUCAUUCAUUUUUCCUCACAGCUCAGAUCACAGCUGGGCCAAAGUUGGAAUGAGAUGUGUUGAAAUGCUAAGGAAGUGAGGACUGCAGCAUCCAGGAGUUAGCCAACCUGUGCAGUGAGUGAGUUAUAGCCGCUCUCACUCAGGCUGCAGCCUACGACGAAUACAACUCUGAAUGUUUCCCUCCUAAUUUCAAUCAUCCGAUUCUUAAAACAAAGCAUGGUAGCUUACAGUCGGAGAUGCUCCCUCCUCUGAGCUCAGCCUUUUAUUUCACGGCUGUCUCCCCCUUUUGUAAAGAAGCACAAGUGUCCGUCAGCACCUGCUCCUUUGUGAGUAUGAUGCAGGUUUGUUUGGCUGUUAGCGGGAUGUGGGCAGCACCGAAGGAAUGAUGUUGAACUUUUGUUGUUUACAUCACUUAUGAGUCAAGAGCUGACUUUACUAUGCAGGUUAGGACAGAGACUGAAAAGCAGCUCUUGUUCGUUUCACUGUGAACAGAUACCAUGAGUGAUUACAAUCAUUUAACUAUACACAACUCAGCAGAUGCACUGCAAAAGUGAGAGUUCACUUGAAGUUUGCUUACACAAUGUUGCAUCCUCUAGGUUGUGAAAAGUUACGUUUUAUGUUUGACCAGGAGGCAUCCGAGUACAUCUCACUUCACCAUCAGUGAAUCCUUCAUGGAGGUGUGUCUGCCCCCUCCAUCUGUUGACCACGCCCCCUCAGUCCCCCUCCUCCCGCUUAGUAAACACCGUCUGUACUAUGUGUGUGAUGUGUGCUUGGCCUUGAUGGUCGUCUCACUAGAGUUUGGAAUAUUUUCAAAAGCCCCUCAGCCGGCGCUGAGAUCUGCUGUUUACGCUGUAAGGUGACUCAUUGCAGUCAAUACUGGUGCGAGGCCCACACAGGCUGUGGUUGUUUUUUCGAGCGGUCCAAAUAAUAAUCUUCUAAUAGACACGGGCAGUCCAGGAUUAUCAGACACGAACUUCCUAAUGUUUCUGUUUGUUGAGCUAUUUUACUCUUAAUUUGGCGGUCAGCUCUGUUCUCCUCCCUCUCAAUCUUUGUCUCUUUGAAGAGAGGCAGUUCUGCCAACCUCAUCAUGUCUCUCAUGUAACUAUUGUUCUGAGAAUCAAUGGCUUUGUUGCAGACGUCUUGAUGGUUCACGUUUUGGCUUUGCAAUGUGCCUUCCGCUCUUCAGAUGUUGCUGAGAGGACAGCGCAGCAUUAAAUUAAGAGGAAAAAAUGUAAUAAACUAUGAUUGACACUGGGCAGAUAAACUAAAUACCUCAGUUAAAUCCAGCACCUAAGCGCUGUUGGAUGUCUGCACCUGUAUUAGGAAAAAAAAACAGAUCUUUGCUGAUUCAAUGUCAGUAAACACAUUGCAUAUGAUUCCUGGGAGCAAAGCUUUUAUCCAAAGCUCUCUAAUUGACUCCUGUCUCAGUGGCUGUGACCCCCUGCAUCAAUUAACCUCAAGCUUUGGUGUUUUUAAGUGCUUCACUCAAGCAAGCACAGCCUCUGAGAGCCGGCGUGCGAGAGCCUGCGAUUGAACUGUACAGUGUCAGUGAUAUAUUGGAGGUAAUGUGUCUGUGCAGAGGCGUGCAGUGUAAACAUACAGCAGAGCACAGGGGUGUAAUGUCUGAGUGUGCUCGCUGGACUGGAGGUAUAAAUGGGAGAUCUGUGACCAAAACCUCUUCAGUCAUCACAACAGGCUGGAGGUGUGUGUGGGAGACAGGGUCAGAUAAGUAAACAGUAUGAAGAACUGAUUGAUCAGGUCUUCUCAUCAACACCGCUUUCAUACUCAGGAAAUGGUCCAAAUAAAUACUUUGUCUGAGAUCCAAAUUUGGGUCUUAGAUGCUUCAGAGAACGUAAUAGUGUAGGGAUCUGAUCAUCUGUAUCACCUGCACAAAUGCGAGUUGUGAUCUACCUGUGAACUUCACUGCUGUCACUAUCGGGUCACAUUCACACCAAAGCUGUUUGGUCCACUUUAAACAAAUGCUGAUCCGUGUCCAGAGAUAGUUCAGUACAUUUAGAGCGUUCUGGUGUGGACUCAAUAAGUGAACUUAUCAGCUUUAAAAGAGGAAUCUUGGUUCACUUCUGACGAGAAUUGUUUGAGAUGUGAAAGCAAAGCAGACCCACUUAUGGACCAAAGGAAGGAAGUGGGAUCAUUGGGUAUGGUAGUGCUUCCUCUGCCACCGCUUGGCAUGGGUAGUAAGCCACUAGGUGAACACACAAAUUUGUCAUUGUUGAUGAGUAAAGACAGCAAAGUCAACACACAGUCUUAUCCUUUUUUUUAUCUAUCCAUCUUUGGCACAUAACCUAAGAUACUUCCACUCAGCGCUCCUCAGAUGUUCUGAUGUCAUGGUUGUCCUCUCAGCUUGGCUUUGCUGGCCCAUGUGCUCAAUUUUUGUUGAAAAGCAUUGGUGUAUUCGUUUGCUGAGGUCAAGACUGCACAGAUUGGCAAGGUUACAAUGAGAGCACCCUCUUCUGGGUCAUAUGGCAAGCUCCUUCAGGCAGCCUGAUUGUUGGUAUUAGGGCUGGGCGAUAAAAUGAUAAUGAUAUAUAUAUAUCAAAAAUUAAUUUCAGGUCAACUCCAGGUCCGCUUCGCGUUACUCAUGUGCUGAAUUAGGACCAAGUAGCAAACAACUGCAUAGUGGCAGGUUCCAGCUACACGCAACCAUAGCACUUAAACAUGUGAAACCGACAGCACUGUUGGUGAGAAAAAUUUGUGCUACCCCCGGCAGAAAUGCAGAUGAAGGCUCAACAGAUGAUGAAAUCGUCGACAACACUGGCACAAAAACGUCGUUGGUGUGGAAGUAUUUUGGUUUUUUUUUAGGUCGGACAUGAAGCAGAGUAAUGUGCACUGCAAAUCAUGUUGACUACAUGUUCUCGCAAAGUCCGGGAGUAUCUCAAAUCUUUUUCACCACCUGAAGCUGUGCUAUGCGGCAGAGCAUGCACAAUGCAAAAGGUUACAAACCCCGAGCGGAGCAAGGAGCCCAUGGCGCCUGAGCAGCUGAAACAGCCGACCAUUCAGUCCGCUUUCUCUAGUGCAAUGCCGUACGACAAAACAUCAAAGAGAAACAAAGACCUCACAGGCGAAGUAGCUUAUUGUAUUGCAAAACACAUGCUACCAAUAAGCACUGUUAAAUUUCAUUUUUUGUAUCUUGAUAUAUAUCGAUAUUGACCGAUAUGAAAAAAAUAUAUUGUGAUAUAACUUUUUACCAUAUCGCCCAGCCCUAUUUGGUAUACUAUUUAAAUGUGAGUUUGAACGGCUCUCAUAUUUUUGUUUUUUUACACUAGCUGUAGAUUAUCAUCUCAUCAUAGUUCUUUGUCAUGCUUUAUAGAUCAUUUUGUUGCAGAUAGUCAGUAAGCGGCAGGUGACAGAAGUUAAUUUCAGCUGCUAGUCCAGAGGAAAUCUACAAUGCGUGUCAGCACUUUAACACCCCAUUAAAAGAAGAGCUUUACAAUGAUAGGCCUAAUGGAGUAAAAAAAAACUCCAACCAAACAAUAAUACACCUCAAUUAUAAACAAGCACGUUUUAAUGUAUGGAUUAGUUUGGACCCAAAAUGAAAAAAUGAGAGAAAUUUAUUUUAGUUCAUUGACAAUAGACAAAAAAACAAAAGGACAAAUAGAAAUCUCUCCUUUUCCAAAGUAACUGAAUGGGUGUAGGCAGAAGUAAGAGCUUAUUUACACCCACCCUCUCUUUCAUAAAAACAUAUCCAUCACCAAAGCUUACUUUUUUAAGAUAGCACUAUUAUAACUUAGCACACAUAAGCAUUCAUCUUCUCAGAAAGAAUUUAUCAAAUUCAUUCAUAAAUAUUAAAAAUCAGCCAGUUGUUCUGGGUUUUUGUUUUAAACGUGGACAGCUCAUGCAUUAGCUGAAUCAUUAUAAAGCAAUGCUGAAAAACAUCUACUGGGUCCAGCUCUGCAGAUUUUUGCUUUGCCUAUUAUCAAGGAAAGAAGUGCAGCGCAGUAGAGACAAAACAACACAGCUCUGCCUGUAUGAAAUUGUGCACAUUAAGCGUCAUCAAAUGUCACAGAAGACUUUAUUUGCAAAAGAGUAAACUCAUGUGCUACUGUGGUGUUUUUAAGCAUAUGUUCAAGGGUCCAUGAGCAUCAGGUCAUCCACAGGCACUAUUUCAGGAGCCUCUUAGACCAAGGUGUUUCUGUCACAUCCUCCUCCAGCUGCUCUGCUUAGAUGGGCAGAGAAGUGGAGACAGGCAGUGUGAGGAUCUUGUUGGACUCCUCACAUGGUCUUAAUGGAAAUUCUGCUACACUUAGAAGUGCCUUUUUUAAAAUGACCUACUUUAUGAUUUUAUAGUCAUCACUUUGACAGUUGUUGGGGUUUGAGGCUGCACAUGUGCUUUCAUGCCAAGGGUUUUUUAGUUGCGUGUGGAAGUUUUUCACUGCACCUGCUUGUGUGUCUGUGCUGGCAUGCAUGUAAAUAUGUAGAGAUGCACGUGUGUGUGUGUGAGUGUGUGUGUGUGUACACGCCAGCUGUGGGAUCUCAGCGAUGAGCUCAGGUGUGCAGCUAUCUCUCAUUAUUAAGGACAGGAAUCAUCUUGGCUAGCAAGAUUCACUGUUCUGGAUGUUCAGCCAUGUUUUUCUUAAUGUUGACGGCUGCCAUCGAGCACUCAGAAUAGAAUACGCUGCAUGUAUUUUUAGAACUGUCAUCAUAAGUAGGCCCAGUGCACUUUUUUUUUUCCUCCUUCUGGUCAAGCAUUAGCUCAUGUCAUUAUCACUCCACUUUCUCUCCAGGACAUCCAAAAGUUACAGAUGUUUUUUUCUUUUUGUGAAUCUAACCCUGAGAAUAUUCCCACAUGCCCACACAGGACCCCUGCUUCCUAAAUGUGUGGAAAAACUUAUUAAGGGAUAUCAUCAUUUAUUCAAGAAGCAGUUUGGUCGCUGAUUUAUGCAAUGAAUAGCUAAUGGAGUAGCUGCUACAAAAUUCAAAUCUCCUGUGUGAUUUAUGGCUGCUUAUUGGAGCCACAGCUCAAUGGGUGAGUGUAUGUUUUAUAUGAGGUGUUCUGUCAUGCUGUGAAUGAGUCACGCAGGUAGAUCUAAUUACAGCUGAAGCUUUCUGACAAGUAAAGGCCCGCUCUUGUGAUAGGCUCUGCUAACAGUUUGCUCCUAAAGCUUAGCUCUGGCCUUUGUUGAUGCAGUACAUCCUGCUGCAGCUAUUUAGCCUCUGGCUGACUCAGAGUCAUACGACUGUUGCAAACAUACAAUAAUGCUAUCACAGUGCGGGUUAGUUAACUGUGAGAAACUCCAUAAGUAGGAAUUUAUAUAUCUAUCUUUGUAUAUGUAUAAAAGCAUACCUAAACCUUGAUAUAUUUCUUAAACUCAUCUGUAACUAAAUCAAUAAUUAUUACAUAUUUCUGGCAGGACCUGUCAGGUCUGUUGCCAUUUGAGGCUGAACGACAAUUACUGAGGCAGUGAGGGGUAAUGAACCUUAGUUUUUCAUUUAUGAAAAACACACAACAAACACUCUCCACAGCGCUUUUGAAGAGUGCCACACAUACUUAACGGUACUCCUUUCACACUGUCAGACUAAAUCUGGACAGCUUAAUAAAAUAAUCAAAUUCAAUCCAGUGGAACCAAAGGUUGUUUUUUUAAAUUCCUAACAUUACUCUUCCUUACCUGACUGCUGGCUGCAGAUUCUGAGAUGUUCAGUGGCAUCAGAAGAGCAAAUUGAUGACGAAAUUAGUUCCUGACAAAUCUAAUUGUUGAUAGUCAGUUAUAUCGUCAUGGGUGUUUCACAUGCCCAGAGUGGGUGUAACCUGGUUUAACAGAGGUGAGCUGCAGAGGAAUGAGCCAUCUCACAUCCUUGCUGGCUGACGAGGUUUGCACAUGCAAAAAAGGCAACUGGGAAGUGACAGGUAGACAAAUGCAGCAACACCACUAUGGCCUAAUGCUUUAAAGGUCCAGGAGUAUUCUGGACCUUUAAAAUUUACCAACAUGCUUCCAUGAAAGUAAUGCACAGGAACAAAAUAAAACCAUCAUCAUUCAUAAUCUGUGUAUACUAUGGACAUCUUGGUUCCGCCAUCCGUCAGUAUACUGACUUGAAGCCCUGAAUAACUUUUAAAAACGGAGCUGUACAGAAAAAGGAGGACUUGAGCACAAACCAGUCUAACAAUAACUACAUAUCAACAUCGUAAGCAGGGGGGAGAAAAAAUUAUAUUCUGUGUAAUCCACAGCUCCAUAAGCUUUGCUGGCGGAGGCGGGAUUUAUGACCUAUACUGCAGCCCGUCACCAGAGGGUGCUGUUCUCGGGGAGGCUUCACCCAGCGAGGAGGCGGACAGCGUCCAUUCUACAUACAGUCUAUGUCAUCAUUACAUUAACACAUGGACCAUUCUGAUCUUCUCGCCAAAGUAUUAAACUCAUUUCAUAGAAACAGUCUACUGAACAGCAUCCCUCACAGCUAUGCAAGUAACUUUAUCAUCCAGCUUUUCACUGCAAGUUGAUCACUUUUCUCUGGCCUUUACUGCUACAGUCAGAGUGAGAAACUGUUUUAAUUUCAUCGAUUCAGUUUCUGAUUUCAGAACUGCUUAUCUACACCGCAGCUUACAGCUUCUUAAAUAAGAUUUCUGUAUACUUGAAGAGGGGGGAAAAAAAUCAUGAACAACGUCUUUAUUGUUGAGAAAUUAAGGUUCUCUAAAGUAAACUGUUGACUUCGACAAAUAAUUGUCACUGUCCUUCUUAUAAGUACAGAUCGCAUAAAAAGUUACAAGCCAAAAAUAAUCAACGACAGAAAAUAUAACUAAGAAUGUAACACAAGAUUAAAAUACUUAAUGCAUUUUGCAAACCUAAACCCUGGUGACUCAACAGAGGCUAAAAAGUAUAAAUCAUUCACCACAAACGGUGAUAUUCCUCCAUUUUUACUUUGCUCUUUGUCCCCAAAGUGAGCUGACUUUGUUGGAGACAGACGUUACUCUGAGUAACUCUCUAAACUUGAAUCUAGCAAAAGUCAAAUCAAAGUAUUUGUAGACAUGAUUUGUUCGAUCUUGAUGUGAACGUGUGCUUAAUUGUGUUUUGUACCUGAGUGGGAUGAGACUGUAUCACAGCUUCUACUCGCUGUGGUCAGGCGUUUUUGUGAACAGGAAGCUGCAGCACAUUGAGUACAGUGCAUUCCCUCAAAUUCACACUGUGUGGAGCCAAUUCUGUUAUUACAUUGAAUUGAAUCAAUCGCUCACUGCUGUCCACCAUGAUCCUCUCCUAAUAACUUUGUUUAUGUACUGCAUCACAAGUGAUAUAAUAUUCCACUGACACAUUUAAUCCGAUGAGUAAAACUGUAUGAGGACUGCAAAGUUCUCACUGAGGUUUAAUCCUGAAAGAUUCAUGUUGCAAUCAGGAACCAAAAAGUGGAACAUAAACUCACAUGCUCUGUUGAAUUCACAAAUCUCUGAAAGUUGGAACCAGUUCUCGAUAGCCAAGCCUAGCUACGGUCUCCUGGCUAUCAUCUUCAUGUUACAAAUGAUUGCAUGGGGGGAAAGCAGCUGCUAUCAUAGCUUCAGAAAAAGAAACACUCCACCAGCUUAUUCUUGGUAACUUCUACAUCUACCAUGAAGCAUCACUCGGAUAGUGAUGAACUUUAUCUAAUGUUUUGUCACCUCACGCCCUGAAACUUGGUGAGUUUUGUACCCUAUCUGGUCUGCCAUGAUAACAAAAAUGUUUGUCCUCUUCUUGUUUUUAGCUGUUUUAAUUUACUACUUCUUCUUUCAUUAACCAGAUCUCCACCUUUAUAUUUCAAAAUAAAAGCACAGAUUUUACCAAGGCUGAAAAGAAGCAAUACAUGCUUAAUACAGUAAAAUGUCAAUUCAAAGCUUUGGUGCUUUAAAUCCAAUCUUUAACAACAAUCUUUGAUUGCUUUGUCUAUUAGUAUUGCCAUGGCUUCAUAGUCGGACGGCUCUUUAAGUGAUCUCAAUCUUUUAUGAUAAAAACCUCGUCUUCAGCCAUAUACAGAUGCGGUGCCCUCUGUUCAGUUUUUAUUAUUAAUGAUGACACUUUAUAUUUUAGCUCUUGUGUAUAAUUUAUUGUGUGUAUGUUACUGUGUUUUACUUAUGUUAUUUUUCAUGUACAAGCUGCUCCAUACAAGUUGCCCCUGGUGGGUUUGAUAAGCACAUAAAGGCCCAGGAGGUUUGCCCGAUAGGUUGUUUUGUGGAGUUUUGCUGCUGCUCCCCCUGCAUUGGCUUUUCAUGUAUGCAAAUGAAACAGAGGGAAGGUGUAGCAAUCCAUGUACUCACAUGGAAGGGCCAACAGCUCUCAGAAUAAAGCUAUGCCUGCAACAUGAGGUGAUGGUCAUAGACGAAUGGCACUAAAAUGGGCCUCAGGAUCUUGUCAUAGUAUCGAAUGAACUGCAGUCAGGUCAAGAGCAUGUAAAUGAGCUUCCCUGAGACAGUUUCUGACAGUUUGUGCAGAAAUUCUUUGUUGCAGCAGCUGUCCGGGUGGCUUGUCUUAGACUAUCUUGGAGGUGAAGAUGCUGGAUGCGGUGGUCCUGGGCUGGUGUGGUUUAAGGUUGUCAAAGAAUAUUCUAAAUUCAAAUAUAUAUUCAAAUACUUUAAAAUAACAUGAUUCGAAUGUGAAAAUCAAGUAUCAAAUAGACAGUGAGGAAAAACUGAGUAGGAAAAAACAAAAAUCAGAAAAAAAACAAACAGCGGCUGCUUUGCGAGUGAGCGCACUGUAACGGCAAGUCAGGAAAAGGUUACAGGAGCCACACCUGUAGUGAGACUCGAAAAAAACGGUCCGUGGCACAUGCAGAGAGAGAUGGCAGGAUGUUCGGAGCUAAACUCUGAGACAGUGGUCUGGACUCCAACAAACUUUAGAAGCUCUGUUUGAAAAUUCUUCGGAUUUUGAGCAGACACAGUAGACAGAAAAAAUGCUGAGCGAGAUAAAGUUAUACACAAGCUGUGUAAACUAGAAUUAGCUUAUCAUUCCACCCAAUCCAUAUACUAAAAAACCUUAUGUUAAUCUUAGUACAACAUUUGCUUCAAUCACUGACUGAAGCCUGUCUAUACAGACAAGAGUCAGGACCUUUAAUUGCUCUCACAAGUUGUGGGGCGGGGGGAUAUAGAUGUUCGAAGUUGUUCAAACCCAUGUGUUAUUCUUAGAACGAAUAUUCGAACGUCAGUUUAAAGCAAUUUUGACAGCCCUAGUGUGGUUACAGGUGGUUUGCGGUCGUGAGAUUGGUCAGAUGUACUGCCAAAUUCUAUGAAACGCCUUUGGAGAUGGUUUAUGGUAGAGUAAUGAAUAUUCAAUUCACAGGCAACAGCUCUGGUGGACAUUCCUGCAGUUAGCAUGCCAAUUGCACGCUCCCUCAAAACGUGUGCUGUGAGAUGAAACUGCACAUUGGCCUUUAAUUGGCACACCGGUGCAAUAAUCAUGCUGUCUAAUCAGCAUCUUGACAUGCCAAACCUGUGAGGCGGAUGGAUUAUCUGGGCAAAGGAAAAGUGCUCACUAACACAGAUUGAGACAAAUUUGAGAACAAUAUUUGAGAUAAAUCGGCCUUUUGUGUACAUAAACAAAGUCUUUGAUCUUUAAAGUCAGCUCAUGAAAAAUGGGGGCAAAAACAAAAGUGUUGUGUUUAUAUUUUUGUUCAGUGUAACUUACUAUCUGCUGAUACCAGGACCAGAUCUGAUACUUGUAUUUGUCAAAACAAGUGACCUGAAAACCAUUUUAUGUUGUAGUUUUCUACUAAAAAAUAUCUCCAGGAAACUAAAUUAAAGAUGUCUUUAUCUUAUUCUCUAACUGUUUUCAAACUCAAUUGUAAUCUGCUUUAUAUGCUCAGCUGUAUGAGACCCACAAAACUGCAGUGCAUGUCAUACUGCAGGCUUAGAAUCAAAGCAUUGCUGCCUUGGAAGUGUGAGAGUCACAAUGGUGAUGGCUACUAGACCAAGGACAUAAUAUUGAACAUGAACCCUGCUUUCUUAUUUUUCCCCCUUUCCAUUUUUCACAAAUUGGAUUUCAAUACCAAUGGAUCUGGAUCACUUAAAACCGUGAAGUGGAGAAACCAAUCCUGCACAGAGAAGGCCAAAAAUGGCAUGGGACAAACAUCAGAGCUAUAAAUGUUUGCUUUAAAACUAACAGCAGUCACAUCAUGUUUUAAUUCAGCUCCUAAACGGCAGGACUUACUUUCACUCUCUGACAUGGAGAUGGGCUGUUGAUCCAAAGCAAUGAAUUCAACCACUUUCUAUGUAAUCUUUACGACAAAGUUCAUCGAUUUUUUCUUUCAAGUCCAGAGUUUGUUGCUAUGACAGCAGCUGUAAAGAACUGGUCAUGUAAAGUUUUUAGGUGUAGUAUUAAAUUGGUAGUACUGAAAACAGCUGAAUGAUCUUAUUGCAUAUGCACAGGCUAUUUUCUCUAUCAGGUUUAAAAUUUUCCCAUACUGCUGAUAUUCCAGCCUUAGGCUUGCUAAUGCUGAUGUAACAGACUGUCCUGUGUUUACGCCUCACAUCUGUCCCUCAAGAGUUAUGUAGGCUGCUGUAUAGCAGUUCUUGUUGUUGUAAUCUGGCAGGCAGUGCAUAUGUUCAUUCAUGCAAUAUAGUUUAAGUCCUAUCUGGAUUGACACUUUAAUGUUUCAUUCAUUAUUUUCAGGGUUUCCCCUACAUGCGAUUGAUCGUGGCGCACCGCCAUGUAGGGCUGGGCGAUAAACCGAAAAUUUACUGAUACCAAAAUUUACGACAAUAACCAACGUCUUUUUGCCCAUAUCAGUAGCUAUAUUUGGUGUCACUAAGCAUUAGCAUCAGGCGAUCAGGACAAUUCUUGAUCACUGGUCAAUAAGAAACUGUGAAUAUCAGCUCAUAUUAGAAUGUGUGGAUUUCAAAUGGGGCAUCUGCAGCUUAGCGAUACAGUCGGUCGUCUCCCAACAGGAGGUCAGGUUCGAUCCCAGGUCCUGCUGUCCACAUACCCAAGCAUCCUUAAGAUAAGGCACUUGACCCUCUGCCAUUAGUGUGUGAAUGUGGUGUGAACAGGUGAAUGUGAUGUAGUGCAAAAACACUUUGAGUGGUCAGGCUAAAGAAAGUGCAAUGUAAACAUGGUCCAUUCACAUCCUGAAAGCAAAUAACUUUUCUGUUGAUUUCUUUGGCCCUGAUAGAAAUGUUUUUUUUUUAGAACACAAAUGAUGCAAUACAAAGAGAUUUUGCUUUGACAUGAAUUCAUAAUGGAUGGCCACUAGAUAGCAGCUUUAUUGACUUAUGUGCAUUAGUUAAAUCUAGUGGUGUCCCGAUACGAUAUUGAUAUCAGUCCGAUAUCAACAAAAAAUCAAAUAUCGGAUUAUAUCAGCCUGCAUCUAAAAUGUCCGAUAUCAGCACUCCAAUACAAGCAGUACAUUCGAGGCUCCACUCCAGCACCUAUAUCUAGCAGCACCCGGAUCCAGCCUGUAGAGCCCAUGUGAUCACACCAACAGUGUGUACUCAGGUACUAACAAAGUACCAAGGAGUAGGAGUGAUGUCAGCAGUGUGGCAGUAUUUUUCAUGAAAGUCCAAAAAAGACAUUGCAGCUGAGUGCAAAACUUUUCAUGCCCAAGUUUGUGCUAGUAUCAGAUUGGUAUCGGCCAAUACUAAAGGCUACUUUAUCGGUGUCGUAUCAGAGGUAAAAAGUUGUAUCGGGACACCCCUGGUUAAAACAUUUGAUCUUGCCAAAUGAUCUUAUGUAAGUUGUUUGUGAUACAUGGAAGAGCAGGGUUUGAAUCCUUCUCCUUUCUCAGGUAAGCAGCUGUGUAAGUGCUCCAAGUGAUGGGAAGUCUGAUCCUUUUUAGUGAACCAGCUCAUUUGGUUACGCAUGAACCAGAUCUCUUUGGUCCAAAAGGCUCCUAGAGUCAGAUUUUAGAACCAUUUCUUUUGUGAGCAAUUCAUAUCUCCCACCUCAGCAUACAUGCAUAGAUGCGUCCUCAUUGUAGUGUUUCUGCAGACAAGUAAUAUGAAAGUGAUCAUGUUGUAGCAAACUCAGGAGGAAGUAAUAGGUUUUAAUGGUCAUCUUUAAAAUUAAUGACCACUUUAAGUCAAGAGCAACACCAAUUAUAAACCGUUAAGACAUAAAUUAACCCAUGCAAUAAUAUCAUAUACUGCAUUAGUGAGCCACCCUGAAUCACUGCAGGAAAAACUCCCUCACUGUGACAGCUCUAAAUCAAGGACUUUUUAGCUGGUAGUGAAAAAAAUGGAUACUAAUAUUAUUUGCCUCUUGAAGACCAGCAUAAGCAAACAAGAGCAUCAGUGACAACAUUCAUAACAUGAGAUUUUUUCACUACAGCUUACACAUGUACUAGACAAGAUCAGCAAGAUGGUUAAAGUUCAUGCUUUGUCUACUGAGGGCCACAGAAAGUUCCUCACGGUAUUUUGUGCACGGUCUGUGAGCCCCAGACAGCUCAUAAAACUAAGUUUAAACAAAGGUGGAAAAAGAGAGAGAUGACAAGUAAAUGAUGAGGGACAUAAUAUUCUAUAAUAUACUUCAUACAUUACAAAUUCAAUUGUUGAAAGCUGCACACCAAAACUGCAUGAUUUAACCUGGCCCGUAUAAAACAUGGACCUGGUCUCAAUGAUGUUACAAUGAUGUCUCUGGAGACGUGUUUUGAAAGCAGAUGAUGGCGUUUACCAAAGCAGACUCUAGCUAGCAUUAAGUCUGCCUUAAAACAGACAUAGGGGUGGAGUUGAACAGGGUCUUUGGCCUCCAGGUCUGAAAAGUAGGUUGAGCCUGUCAGUCAGUCAACUCAGCCGCGCCCCUAAUUAUGCAAAUCUUUGUAUAACCCUGAGCUGUAAUAUCUUCAAAUGGAAAAGUUUAAAAAAGAAAUCAACCCCCGUGCAGUUUUUAAGAAAUAAGACAGAAGUUGGUGGCUGAGACCUAUUUUUGUACCAAGCUGUAAACAUGUUUAAUUCUGCUGUGAAAACGGGUGUUUGGACAGGGGACCUAACAGACCUCUUCACAGACUAUCUUUGCAAAACUACGCACACGUUUUGGAAGCAGUGUUUAACUCCGUUCAUCCAGACGUGUUAGCAAGCUUUAAAACGUUGACCAAAACAAUUUAACACCAAAAUCCCUCUGGCGUACGUGGCUGUAGGCGAUUGAACACCCUCAUUGUAUCCAAAAAAGUUCAUACAAACUGCCGAAAUUCUGGACACGAUUUUCCCCGUAGGUGACGUCAAAGUAGGUUUUGUGCAGUAACUAUGACUAAACCGAGACAGUCAGACUAUUAGGACUCAUUACAGAGAAGUGUUGGAAUAACAGUCGUAUUCACUACCACUCUCAGUCCAAAUACUGAUCCACAAAGACCUCGUGUAUUGCUGCUUGAACACACAGAAAUUAAUGUCUCGUUACAUUUUGACAAGAAACACUUCUACUGCAGCAAAUCCUCACGAUUGAACACAUUCGUCUGUAAGCGACUGACUAUUUUGCGAUGGAGAGUUGAAAGGCAACUGUAAAAAGGAAAUGUUAAAACCCCUCUCUGUUCACAAAAAGUCUUUCUAUCACUGUAACCCAUCUUCCCCACUCUCUUUUCCCCCCUCAUCAUUUUCGUCAAACUCCUUUGUUUCCCUGUUAGUUAAACUCUCUCCUUUUUCUUCUUGCCCUUUCUCGUUCCUUCAUGCUCUCCUGCGCUCGCUCCAGUUGUUCCCCUCUUUCUUAAUUAUUGGUGGAAAAUAGAAAUUACAGAUAAUUAAAGGACAAUUAUGAUCUCCCACACAGGGGAGUUUUUGCUAGGGGGAAUAACUUAGUAGGGUAUUGUUAAGGUCAUUCAUUAAAUACUGGAGUCAAAGAGCAAACACGCACAACCGCACACUAAGACACGCACAGACGCACACACACGGCUAUGUUUUAGGCCUUGGAGAUAACGUAAUCCCUUCUGGACCUGUAUUUUCCUCUCCGGGAAAGACAGUAUGUUGAUAGGGUUGGAAGGUCACUCUACACACACACAUACGCAGGCACACACAUGCAUGAUCACAUCCACUAGCUUCUCUGCGCAUAUGAACCCACAAUGUGUAAAUAAGCCACACUGCUGUGGUGUCGUUGACAGUUUACAUAAUAAGGAGCCUGAAUGCAGAGAUUCAAGGCUGACUGUCUAACUGAGGGGAGCUGAGAGGAACAUUACUGGGAUUCAAUAAGAUCGGACUAGACCCAUCCUCAGAUGCACUUGAAAGGAAAUCAGCACACACACUUAAAACACAAAUACACUCAACACACACCGUUCCUCUUCUAUCCCUUUUUCUGUCUCUGAGGCGGCUCUGUUUUGGUUCCCACAAUGCAAACAGGAUGUAACCUAUUUUGAUCACGGUGCCAUAUUGCAUCAUCAAAUAUUAACAAACUUGACUGCGCUGCAUUAUGUCUGCUUAAUAAUGUUUGUUGAGUAAUCUGUGCAGCUUUAUCGUAUCCUCGUGUUCCUCUUUCAGUCGAGAAAAAGCAGCAAAAGAGAGCCUACUUCUCAUACGCUUUCCCAUCACUGCUCCCAUGAUUCAUGUUUGCAUUUGUGUGACUGGGAGCAUCUGUGUCCCUGUAGUCACAUACAGAUCCAUUGAUAGAGCGUGACCUCACUGGUCUGUCAGUCAGUCUGUCUGUCCAUCAGUGAGUCUGUCUGUGUUUCAGAGUCGACACUCCUGCUCCUGAUUUGAAAUAUUCCUCCUCAUUUCUCUCCCAUCUUCUCUCUCUUCUCUGCUUUGCUCUCUGCCUCUUCCUCCCUCUAUCUCUUGCCUGCCCCUCUCCUCCCCCCUUUCCUCCCUCCCUCUCUCGCUCUACACUGAUCCAGACUUUGGAAUUCAAUGUUGCUAUGGUAACAAUGUCGGGUUGGUCCUCUCUGCCUCCCCCUCUUGCUCCUCUUAUACAGGCUGGAUACAGCGCAACUCGCUUUGGAAUCAGUCAGUCUUUAGUCUGCAAUACUGUCACUUCUGUAAUGACUCUAAUCUGUAUUAACUCUGUUGUUGUUACAGCCUUUGAAUGAAGCAUCUGCAGAUUGGAACAAUUAUUACACUCGACUGACAGAAAAUGUAUCUGGAACUAUUUUGAAAUAAAUAGAUCUGUUUUAAGCUGCAAGAUUUAGAGACAGGGGCGCUACCAGGGUUUUUUAAGGCCCUCUGAGAAGUUUUACACUUGGCCCCACCACCUGUUUUGAGGGCCCCUGUCAGAGUACUGAGCUCUUUGACCCAACCUUACUUUGCUCCACCAGACAGUGCCCCUGCAUAAAGUGAUGCUAGCAGUUAUCCGCAGAAUGCUAACAUGUGCAUAUGCUGCGUACGAGUUACCUCGGAAGUUAGAAGUCCGAACUGAAAAUGACGUCACACCCGAGUUACCAGCGUUUCAGUCACCAAAUCGGAAAAAAGCUAAAUCAGAGGCGGACACAAGAUGGCUACAUCUACGAAAGUUAUUUUAGCGCUCGCCUUGUCUGAAUAUAAGGCAAGCGCUAAAAUAACAUUCGUAGAUGUAGCUAUCUUGUUUACGGCCUCCGAUUUAGCUUUUUUCCGACUUGGUGACUGAAACGCUGUAAACUUUGGUGUGAUGAUAUUUUCAGCUUCGACAUCAGACUUCCGAGGUAACUCGAACACAGCAUUAUUACUUGUGCUUGUGUAAUGCAAGGCAGUUCUUUGGUUCGUUUGUAAACAAUGGCUGGUAGAUCGUUCUUAUCUGGUGAUAGUGAAUGCUGUAGACGUACCCAAUUCCGAGUAAUUUUUAGUGCUAGCAUAAGAAUUUUAUUGUAUACAACAAGACUAUGUGGCCAUUUGGGACCAUGACCAUGUGGGGAACGACUUAGCCAGCCACAUUCAGCAGCCUAAGAACCUACCUUUUUAGCUAGGGAUGUCCCAAUACAAUAUUAAUAUCGGAUGUCGGUCCGAUACCAGAAAAAAAAACAAAUAUCGGAUUAUCAGCCUGCAUCUAAAAUCUCCAAUAUCAGCACUCCAAUACAAGCAGUCCAUUUCAGACUCCCUUCCAGCACCUCUAUCUAGCAGCACCUGGAUCCAGCAUGCAGAGCCCACGUGAUCACAACAACAGUGUGUACUAAGGUACUAACAAAGUAGCAAGGAGUAGGAGUGAUGUCGGCCGUGUGGCUGUAUUUUUUAACUCCAAAAAGAUGUUGCAGCUGAGUGAAAAACUUGCCAUGCACAAGUUUUUGCCAAUAUCGGAAAAAAAUCGGUAUUGGCCAAUACUGAAGGCUUCAAUAUCGGUAUCAUCUCAGAAGUAAAAAAGUUGUAUCGGGGCACCCCUACUUUUAGCAAUCAUUCAUUGAGUUAUUCUGGCUUUAGUACUUUCAUCUGUAUUUUGGCUUUGACUACAUAAAUCAACUAAUAUUCCUCUUUCUUCUGAUAUACUUUCUGUAGGUGCAAAGAAGUCACCAUGUUGCCAGUUUCCUGCUAACACUGGACUGACGGAGAGUGGGACAACCGUCUGAGCUGCAGCCCCUUCCAACGACAGCCUUUCAGAGAGAAAGAGAGAAAGAGAAAAAGAAGUCAAAGAGAGAAAAACUUGUACAAGGAGGAGAGGGGGGAGCAGGUGAAAACAGUCGAUGGAUGCUGUCCGGAUUGAGGGGACAGCAAGUUCUUCACUGACGAGGAAAAGAAAGAUUUCAAAAUUGAGUCGAAGGAUAGAAACUCGCCGUCAGGUUAGUGAAUCUCCUGACAACAAAUCUUUAGCUGCUUUUAACACAUGAUCAAAUUGGAUUAUUUGAUUUAAUCUAUGAUGGGGGCAAGUUGCUGUGAAGGCUGGGGGGAGGGGUUCAUUCUUGUUAUGAUUAGACAUGAUAGUGAAAGAGGCAGGGGAUAUAUGGGCAGACGAGUGUUGGGGGAGACUUGCAGCAAAGAGACUGUUGUGACAAGGACUACAGCCUUUGUCUUUGGGGCACACGCCAAAACUGCUAGGCCAACUGGAGCCCGGAAACCAUUUGAUUUAAGGCCCAUGCUUCCAACCACCCCUAUAAACUAUUGCCUUUUAGAGCCUACAUUUUUGAGUGUUGGGAUUUUCCGCAGUAAGAUUAAUGGAGCUUUUGUAGCGCAUACUUUCUCUGCUAUAACUGCAAUGUUGUUCCCACAGUUGCAGCUAAUCAUUGUCUGCGUUGUGUACUUGGCAGUUUCAGAGGCAAAUCUGACACUGGUAUCAUAGUCCAAACAGCUCUACUCAUAAGCACUGAGUAAUCUCGUUUUAGAUCUAUAGUGUGUGUAAGGUGUUUGUGUAUUCAUCUCAAGCUCUGCUGAUUCUCAGGGGGAAUAGUGUCAGGGUCAUGAAUAUGGAGUAUAUAUUGAGAUUGGAAGGGUGUGAUCUAUUGUGUUUCACAUCAAUUCAGUCUUGUUAAGCGGAGUCAGCAGAGUCAUCAAACUCUCCUCCAAGGACACAUCACACAGCGACUUAUGCACCUCCCACGUCCGCCUCUUCCUCCCUCUCUGCCUCAUCUCUUCUUGCCCCUCAUCAUAUCACCUGAGUGUUCACUGUCUAUACCAAUACACUGCACUUUUUAGAUGAUUGUGAACACAUCUGCUCGGUUAAUUUAUUCAUUCUUGGACUUGAACUCCAAGAUAAACGUUUGUUUUUCACUCUCUCUCUCCCCUUCGCACCUAAUGCCUGUCCUUUCCCUCCUCUUUCUCCCUCCCUCCCUCCUCCUCUUAUCUUUACCUCUAAAGGCAUGGUGUGUGAGAAGGGGAUCCAGAUCCUCCUCACCACCGUGGGGGCAUUCGCUGCCUUCGGCCUGAUGACGGUGGCAAUAGGGACGGACUACUGGCUGUACUCCCGUGCCCUCAUCUGCAACAGCACAGCCAAUGUCACCCAGGAUGAUCCCCAUAACAAGGACAAGAAGGAUCCUGGGGCGCUCACACAUUCUGGACUGUGGAGGAUAUGCUGCCUGGAGGGUAAGGUGGAAGAUGUUGGAGGAGAUUCAUGUUUAUUGCUGGGAUUUGGACUGAUUGGUUUGCUCUGGUUAAGUACAAAGGGUGUAGUUAAGUCAGAAAUAUGGUGCAUCACUCUGGUUACAAUUUACCUAUGAGAGAUUUAGACAUCCAAAUAUAGUCAGGCUAGGUUUUUUGUUUCAAGUCUUAAAAGGGCCUGAGGUUAGAGGUAAAGAAUAAAACUAAAUACUGAUGCACUGACUAAAGACUGGUGUCGUAAAUAUGAAGCCAAUGCCAGCCUGCAGCUAGUUUAUCCUGGCAAUAAAACGAUCAAGAAGAAACAGUGAGACUAGCCAGUAAGAAGCAAAUGUUUGCCAACACCUCUAAAGCUAACUUAAGAACACAUCAUGGGCCUUUGUCUCUUUCUCUUCACCAAAACUGAAGUGUAAAAACAUAAAUAAAUUAUUGGAUGACAAAUUCCAAGCUGUUGAGGACAGUGAACUAGCUAGCUGCUUCCUCAGUUUCCAGUUUUGUGCUAAACUAAUCAACUGAUGUUUCUUCAUGUUUACAAUACAGAUAUGAAGACGGUUUGAUGAUGAGCUUCCUAUAUGUUUUUUGUAUCAUUUAUUAAUGUAGAGACCUUAUAACUCUUUCACUCAUCACCAAAACAGAACUAAACUCUUAAGCCUGAAGUGAAAAUCUUAAAUCUAUUAACUACUUCUUAGAUUUCAAGGUGAAACAUACUUCAUGUCAGCCUUUAGUUUAACUGUUCAAAACUUUGCCAAGUAGAUUUCAGCUUUUCUGUGAUAUACGUUAUGCCUUUCAGCUUCAUACACUAACCACUGUAUCUAUAAGACCAUGACAGUGAUACUGCAGCAUGACGCUCAUUCAAAAUAAUCCAUUCAUCACUGUCUGAUUGUAGCUGUGGUCAUUUAAUUCAGAGGCUGAAACAAAAGGCUCAUGUUGACUCACACUCCUGUCACUCCAACUGGCAGGAAACCACAGAAACUGGCAGUGGCCAUCUUUCGAUCCUCGGUUUGUCACUGCAACACAAGCUGCUAAUUCAUUAUACAUUACACUGCCUGGCUGACACUCCACAGUAAAGGCUGGGAUGGAGUUAACAGCUAAGCAGCUACAGCCGAAGGGGUGGUGCGAGUUAGCGAUCUGUGCCUUUGCUUACAUUCAGACUUCAGUCUCCAGGAAAACCUCUUGGCUCUCCUCAUAAAGCAUUCAGGCCCAUCCUGUGCUUGGUCAUUGUACAAAGCUAAUUUGUCCUCAUCUCCAAGCUUCCUGAUAGCAAAGCAGCCAAUUAGAGAUAAGCUCCAGCCCUUGCAGCACUGCUGCAGUGCACCCCCACCCUCCAUUGCCUCACUCCUUCAUUCUCCCACUUGCUGCCCCUCCAUCUCACUCCCCCCUAACAUUUAAUCUUUCUUUGGCUUCUCUCCUUCUUCCCCUCCUCGUGGCUUCCUUUCUUUCAGUCUUUUCUCUCCCACUGUGCUGCAGCAAAGCUGAUGUCAGUGUCUUGGCAUGGCUUAGAGGUCAAGUAUCCUUGAUGUCUUUGGAGUAUUGGGCUCAGAAAGAUGCUCAGUAGCCGUGCAGUGAUGCGGUGAGGUGUAGCUAGGGUGGAAAUGCAGGACAUGCUAGCUCUGAAAGAUUUAUGCCCGUGGGUGGGUGGCAUAUUAUGGGAGAUACAUCCUGUCCUCCACUCUAGCUCCGCUGCAAGUUUAGUGAAGGUAGGGCCACUGUGAAUAACCUGUCAAAGAUUUUAUUUGCAGGAUUUUUGUUCAUAUACAGUUGACGAAAGACUUUUGUAUGUAUAUGGUGAUUUUUGUUUGAUACGAUUCAUUUUUAAAAGAUAAUUCAAUAAGCUUCCACAAAACUGAUACCUGUAUAAGGUUGCUAUUAAUUUCACAGUCAAACUAACACAACUUCAAAUGGCAGAGACCCAAUUAUGUUCCCUUGACAGCUGACAGUCAGCUUCAAAAGAAAUGUUUCAAUAAGUUUUUGCUUUCUGUUCCACAUUUUAUCACUUAAUACUUUGAUUAAGGGCUGGGCGAUAAAACGAUAACGAUAUAUAUUAAAAAUUUAUUUCCCUUAAUAUCAAUUUAAAACAUGGUCAAUAUGCUUUUCGAUAGUCGGCAUUCUGCCAUGUUUUGGUAGAAUAUUUGAAUAGCUAAUGAAAAAGGGAGUUGCUCCUGGUCCACUUCGAGCUGAACCAAUCAUGUGCUGAAUUAGAACCAAGUAGCAAACAACUGCAUAGUAGCAGGCGGCAGCUACACGCAACCAUAGCACUUUAACACGUGAAGCCAACAGCACUGUCGGUGAGAAAAAAAGAAAAUGAGUGCUACACCCAGCAGAAAUGCAGAUGAAGGCUCGGCAGAUAAUGACAUCGUCAACAACACUGGCACAAAAACGGUGGUGGUGUGUCGAUAUUUUGUUUUUUUGAGGUCAGACAUGAAGCAGAGUAAUGUGCACUCAAAAUUAUGUCGAGUUCAUGUUCUCUUAAAGUCGGGGAAUACCUCAAAUCUUUUUCACCACCUGAAGCAGUGCCACACGGCAGAGCAUGUGCAAUGCAAACGGUUACAAACCUGGAGCGGAGCAAGGAGCCCAUGGCGCCUGUGCAGCCGACCAUUCAGUCUGCUUUCUUUAGCGCAACACCUUACAACAAAACUGGGAAGAGACACAAAGACCUCACAGAUACAGUAGCUUAUUGUGUUGCAAAAGACAUGCUACCAUUAAGCACUGUUAAAUUUCCUUUUUUAUAUCAUGAUACAUCGAUAUUGACUGAUAUGAAAAAAUAUAUCGUGAUAAACUUUUUCCCAUAUCGUCCAGCCCUACUUUGAUUGAUUGUUUUGGUUCCUCAAGGACUGUCUAAAACCAUCCACAAUUCAAGCAUUUUCUAGAGAUGAACUGACUGGUAAAACCAGGGCUAUUAGCACUACUGACUUUUGAAAUAACUGUUAGUUGAUCACCAAAUCUGAUAACAAUGUGCUUUCAUUACCUCUUUGAAAUUCCUCAUGCCUAUUUUUUCUGAUGUUCAACUACUAUAACUGGUGCAUCAAUGCAUUUUUCUUUCCAUUACAUGCAGCUUACUCUGCCAGCUUGUUUACUUUUUAGUUCCUCAGAUGUGACUAGGAUACAUUAUAGUUGACACGUUUGUGUACUUUUAUACUUCCUCUCUUCCUAUAUCUUGUGCACUGAUGUAGCACAUAAGUUGAGAAGAAAACAUAGAACAAGCUACCUUAUAUGUCCUCUCGGUAAACUCUAUGUACUUGAUAAAGUUGUCCUUGCUUAAACUUGGCGCAAAGCUGAGCUCAGCACCUUCUAAGUGUUAUAGCUAUUCUGAACAGGUGCAGUUCUUUUUUUCACGCCCUUACACUGUGUAAGAAGCAAAUUUAGUUAUUCUGAUCUUAGCACAUAUGGGUGUGUUUGUCUUGAGAUCAGGUGCGACUGGGCCUGAAAGCAGCAUUGCUUUCUUAAGAUUGCAAGAAAGUGUAAGCAACAUUGUGAUGGUCUAAAUUACUGUCGAUCUGGUCUGUGAGGAGUGAAUUAUUGGAAACAAGGAUGCAGCUAUGUGAGGUUCAUGUGGAAAUUUGCAUCUGUUUGUUAUACAUAGAUGCACAGCAACUCUCCUCCUUUCCAGGUAAAUAUUAGCGUUUUUCUGUUAUACAGACUGGUGACCCAUGGCAGGUGAGUUUAUAUUAUGGCUUAAACCUGCUACAUAAACAGCAGUGAGCCAAAAUGCAGGCAUACUUCGUUCAGAAUAGGAGGUGAUACUUGUAUUAGUUUGUUUUAUCUUUCUCUGAUUAUUGAUAGACACCUAUCAAUAAUCAGGGGGAUUAAUAUAACCCCUUUGGCAUCUGUGUAAGACUUUCUGCCCAUGUGGCUGUUUAGAUGACAGAAACUAGUUUGCAUGAUCAAAAUAAACUUGCACCAUGUCCUUGGUCCAACAUGGUUUUACAUGCAGAAAGUCAUUGCACGGAUAAUACGUGAACGUGUGCAUGCAAAACAAGAGAAAACCUUCCAAAAAUACAACUCUUACUAACACUUUGAAUGUAUUUCCUCCAACUGAGACAGUGUGAAGUUUGUUGAGCCUUUCUCUUGCCAAUAACACUGAUCCCUGUGGCUCAACUGAUGUCCCCCCUCCUCUGUACCUCCAUAUGUUUCUUUACAGACCAACCUGUGGAGUUUUAAGAGCUGUGAGAAAGAGACCAGCUCACCCCACAUCUGUCCGUCUCUCCCUCCAUCUGUGUCUCUUCAUUCCAUCACUUCCAUCCAUCUCUCUCACAGUCCAUCCAUCAACAACAGUGGUGUGCUGUCAUCAUCGUGCGUGCACCCCUCCGUUCGUCUGUCUGUCUACAUGCAAGACCUGUCGGGUAGUUAUCCGUCUGCCUGUGUGUCUACAUACAUGUUUCUUUCUACAUGUGUAUGUGUGCUCUACGUAUGUGUUGUUACUAACAUGAAUGUGGAAGAACUGUUCAAAUCAGUCAUGUCUCUGUUAGUUUUCUGAAGUCUGUCUUCUGAAGCAUAUGCUAACAUUCAGAACGGGAUUUUCUAACAAAGACAUGCCUGCAUUCAAGCAUCAGUCAGUUUUUCCCUCAGGAGGAUUUUUGCUGCUCUCUUUUGUUGUUAUAUUUUUGAGUUCUUGACUUUUGUUGUGUCUGGUCACCCCUAUUUUUCUUCUCAUAUCCCAGGAGUAAAGAGAGGAGUCUGUUCUCAGAUCAACCACUUCCCAGAGGAUGCAGACUUUGACCAUGACGGGGCAGAGUACGUCCUACGUAAGUCAAUAUAAGCACUCCAUGGCAUGUAUGAUGAAUGGGAGAGAAGUCUGAUCAUGUUUAAAAGAGAAAAGGCGUAAGUAAAGUUGUCCAAAAAGUGUAAAAAAAAAAAAACCUUCUAUUACUUUUCAAACUUGAUGUUUUUAUUGCCAAUUCCUCACAAGACUAUGCAAGAAACAAACAUGUGAUAGUGUGUUGCAGAAAAUGAGGAGAGCUGGGGUGUCCUAGUUUGUGCUCAGUGCCCUGCAGUGAUAUCUUUCUGCUCUAUGAUAGGCUUCAUGUGUGCCUGUGCAUACAUAAAGAAAGACUGCUUUCUGUUAAUUAUGGUGCAGAGGCAUUUUGUUGGCAUUUAGGUGGCAUUUUCUCUCCUGUGGCCUAGUUGUUGUAGAUGAGAGCCGUUAAAAGAGCGUUAAAAUGUGCGUCCAUGUGUGUUUAUGUGCAUGCAUGGUAGACGUCCUGGUGAAAGCACUGAGGGUCACACGUGUGGAAAAGAAUUCACUGUGUAUAUAAUUUUCUUGCAAGGACUUCUGUCUUAUUUCUAAAAUUAGAAGCUUUAACUGCUUUUACUUUAUUACUUUCUUUCUUUCUUACUGUCGGAGCUCAAGUGCAGUCAUAUAAGAUCAUAAUUUUGUGUUUGUUGGCCGACUUACUGACUGUUUCUUCAAUUAAUGAUCUUUGAAAUCCUUGCAGGCAGUAGCAGAGCCAAAAAUUUGUGAUUGAGAAAUCUUUGUGGGGAUUUAUUGGUCACAGCAGGGCUAUGAUUUCUUAUGCAACAAAUUAAUCAUCGUGCUGAAAUAAAAAAGACUUAUGUACCCCAAGUACUAAACUUAUAUGCAUGUAAUUGAACAUACAAAGCAAGCAGUAAAUCUUGUGCAUCGAAAAAAAAUCAAACGACAAUAAAAGGCACUUGAAAAAAAACUUUGAGGAGUCAUAAAUCCAAACCACAACACAAUUUAACUGUAGAUUUGCCAAUAGUUUUGCUCCGAACAACACUUUGAUAGAAAACUUUAUAGUGAAGCAGAUUUGUUUUCAGCACAGUGGAACAACUUUAACAAACAUUUCAUUGUAUAGCAGUACUCCAGAUGUCAGUGAGCAUUGUGAGAGGUAUUUAACCUCACUUUCUUACAACUAGACAAAAGACACACAUUGUCCACAGGACCUCCAUGGGUUCAAGGGCUUCCACUUUUUCCAGGCCCCCCACCCAUACACAGCCUUUGCAAGCGUCAUUAGGACUCUAUUCACUAUGCAAAACAGUAGACAUGCUUUAUUUGCAUUUAAUAAUCCAUCUGCAAUCACCAAUAAAUGGCUAGAGUGUAACUUUAGAUACUUGUCAAGUCAUGAUAUAUAACCAUUAUUGAUAUGUAAACAUCCAGCCUAUUGAACUCAGACACUGCAUCACCAAAAGGCAGCCCACCAUCCUGGCUCACUGCAGGCCAUAAUUAAUAUCUUUUGCACAUAAUGCACACAUUUGUGCACAAACUACAUGCACAGGCAUGUCUUAUGCUAAAUACAUACAUCUAUACAGCAAUAUAAAGCAAUUGAGAGUGAAUGCCUUGCCUCACAAAUUCAACUGUCAGUGUCACUAAAUCUGACCCCAGACCAAACCUGAGGCCACCAUAAAGGGGAGUACCAAUAUCUCACAGUGAAGCACAUAAACACACAACGUGUGGGCAUAAGAAUAUUGCAUCGUUAUCCGCAUUUGAGUGCACUCUUACCUUACUCCUGACUUUAUCUUCAACAAAGCAGUGACUUUCAGCCUUCCAAGCAGGUCAUUCUCCGUGGAUCUCCAGAAUUACAGAGCUGGGUGUUUCAUGAACGCAGUAUAUUCUCCAGAAUCCCAGUUUUGGGGGAAAGCGCUCCUUAAAGUUACCCAGUGACACGAUAGUAAAGUAAAUCCACGAAGUUAUCCAUGUUUGGAAAAACUGAUGACGGUCUCAUCUUCCAGGUGAGUUUAAGCUGCUAGGCUAACAUUGAAACAGCACAUUUAGCAGCGAAACUGCGGCCACGGAGCAGCUGAGCUAAUAUAACUAGCUUAGCCAGUAUUAAUGUUAGCGUUCGUAAUGUGAUGCUUGGUAACUUGGACAGUGACUUAACUCAAUUCCCGCCAGUCUUAAUGUCUCUCUACGGCAACCAGUAGUACUUCCGCCGGUGUCUCCCCCGGUCUCACACCUGCAAGCGGCUUAUUCCUAGCCAAUGUGCCCGUCAUAGCAGCCAGUAGGGGCUCGUUAGCUGUGGUCACUCGUCGGCUGCCGUUUCAGGCGUUGCUAUCACGGCUUGUAGUUUUUAAAGUACCCUGUAAGCUUGAGUGUUUUCCCUGGAUGUGCUUCCCAAUGUUGGAUUCACAAAGUCGGUUUCAUUUUUGAGCUUCACGCCGCCUUUUCCCCAAACAUUUUUAAAUGUACCACAACUUCCCGCUGCCAGUCAAUAGUUCGGAGACCGACGUCAUGGCGGCCAUCUUGCUAUGGGAAGCUCGCCCAUUCAUAACAUUACAGUCGACGGUGCAUGUAGCAUUUUUAAAGCCAUAGAUUGAUUGAUUUUAGACCGAUUUUCGAACGGUUUGGUUUGUAACAAACCUCAGAGUUUUAUUUAUUUUCCUGCAUACUCAAGAAUAAUUUUAACCAUGAAUUUUUAUAAAUAAACAUUAUGCAGAUCGGUAGAGCAAUAGCCAUGGACCUACACACACAAGGCAGUUAUAUUAAAUCAUUUAUAUAUAAAACAUUUAAUCAUUCCAUGUAUGUUAUAUGAGCAAUAUUUAUAUGAUUUUAAAAAAAGGCUGUCAUACAAAAAAUUUCAAUUUCAAUUGUGGUCUCAGCAUUGACAACUCGCGCAAAGCGACUCAAAGGUUUGGCCUUGCGUGCAAAUAGCCGUGAAACAACUGUGCUGCACGAUUGUCUUUUUUUCUUAAAGAAAAGCUGCCAUUUCAAUAUGUCCAAGCAUCCCGACCCAUAGCCACGUUAUUAAGGUCUGUAAUAAACAAAACCGUUUGUAAAUCUGUCAAGAUAUCAGUGAGUUAAGAGGCUGUCGUGUAGGGAGGCCGGUGACUCCACCUCGAGUCAUCUAGCCUUUCAUAUCUGUGGUUCUCCUGCCCUCCUUCCUGAGCACACAAUCAGACACACACACACACACCAGUCAGAAGUAGCCUACCAUAGAAGUGUCUGAAGAAAUGUUUCUUCUGAGUUUUCCUGGGUGGUAAAAGCCUGUGCCUUAAACAGCCCAGACUUUAAAUUUUUAUACACAGACACACUGUAAUAAUGAUUAAAAAGGUCCUUACCUAAUCAAUAACCAAUCAAUCAACUGUAGAAGUCACUAUAUUCUAUCAAAACAAUCUUGCUCUGAUCUCAAAACCUGGUCAAAAAACUUAAAGGCCUAUUUUAACUUUUACCAGAAACUUUUAGACUUUUAGAGCAAAGUGUGUUUGUGUUACCUCACACAUUCAAGUGGACAUGAACAAAAAAAAUCCCAGUUUAAAAUGUAUAUCAAAACUAAUGUAAGAAUAUGUUAAAAAAAAUUAAAACCUUUUCGAUAUUAAAUGCAUUUUAUGCCUUCUAGAAAACUUUCAACAAAACUGUAAAAAGUGUAGAAAGAAUUGAGAAUUUGGGUUAUGAUUUCAUGAGAAUCCAAAGGAUUAUAACUGAAAAACUGUUUCCCUGUGAUCACAUAAAUCUCUUGUGAUUCUGAACCUUCCCAAACUUAAUACCCUUUACUGUUUACUUUAUCUUGUUCCAUGUGUAGGGGUUGUCAGGGCUUCCAACAUCUUCCCAAUCCUCAGUGCCAUCCUGCUGCUGAUGGGAGGGGUCUGUAUUGCUGCUAGUCGUUUCUAUAAAAGUAAAAGGAACAUCAUCCUGGGGGCGGGAAUUCUCUUUGUGGCUGCAGGUAAAGUGGAAAUCUGUACACUUUCUUGAACACUCUGAGGUGCAUGUCUGCAUUUGGUCUGGAGAAUAUUACUCACCCAGUAGUUCAGAUGUUGUGUUUGGCAGUGUCUGGUUGUGUUUGGACUGUUCUCUUACUUUAAUGGAGGUUAUUUAAGUGUCACAAACCAUCAUGUCAGGCAGAUUUGUUUAUUAGUACUGCACAUUGGUCUGUCUGGGUGUAUUUAUCUCUUUUGUAAAUACCGUUUUUUUCUGUGCUUUCUCAGGUCUGAGUAACAUAAUUGGUGUGAUUGUGUAUAUCUCUGCUGCGCUGGGGGACAUCUCUCCUAAGAAGGACGAGGAUAAGAAGUGGCAGUACUCCUACGGUUGGUCCUUUUAUUUUGGAGGCCUGUCCUUCAUCAUGGCUGAGAUGGUGGGGGUUCUGGCUGUCAACAUCUACAUCGAGAAGAACAAGGAGCUGCGCUGCCGAUCCCGCACCGACAUUUUCAAGAGCACCACACACGCCAUGCUCCGCCUGCCCAGCUACCGCUUCCGUCGUCGCUCCCGCUCCUCAUCCAGGUCCACGGAUCCCUCCCGCUCCCGAGACCCCUCACCCGUGGGCGGGGGCAAGAACUUUGGCCUGCCUCCCUCUGCACUCCUCUCCCAGGGCCCCAUCUCAGUUUCCACUUUACCCAACCCCCACUCUCGCUCGCACACGGCCCUUGCAGGAGGCGACAUCUCCCUGUACACAUUGUCCCGAGAUCCCAAACUGGGGGGUUUGCCGCCCAUGUAUGGAACGGUUGACAGGGCCACACUCUACCAGCUCCACAACUGCUUCCCAAAGGAUGGAGGUGGAGGUGGGGUGAUGAUGAGCGGUACACUGCCUUCGCUAAAGUCGCACAACCCCUCCAAUUCUUCCAACUCCAACGCGCAGAUGCCCAACUCGGUGGGCUCAGGCCCUCCACCCUUCACCUCAUCCACAGUAGACAGAGAGCGAGGGAUGGGGACUCUGGACAGGCUGAAAGGAGACAGGGAGAGUAACUCUAACACCCUCAAUAGGAAGACAACGCCUGUGUAGAGAGAGGGGAAAAGAAAAAGAAGAGAAGGAAAGUGGGUAGGAAUCAAAAAGAGGAGAUAGAGUGGAGCUCUGUGUUCGUGAAGAUCAACACAAAGUAGCAAUGAAAAGCUAAAGCUCUCCCUCCAUCUUCACUGUUAUUUAGUCGACUCAACUUCACAGAGAGCAAAAAGAAGAGUAAUAACAGAGUGAUAAUAACAACAACAAUGAACUUUAACAAUAAAACUAUUUUGAUAUUUUAAUGUGCUAGAAAGGAUUUAUUUUGUUAAUGAUCAAACGCAAUUAACCUUGGGCUACUCUGAAAAUGUUUCGCAUACCUUCUUUUGUGCAAUAUAACUGCUAAUUAACCAGAUCAUCAUCAGUGUUAAAUUGUUGUUGUGAUUAUUCUUAGUGUUAUUACGAGCUAGCCGUAUUCGCAAACUCCAGAGUUUGGAAUCAAAAUCAGUUUUCUUGUUUUUGUUUUUUUCACUCUGGCUUUAGAUCUCGACGACUUUACUGUGAACUUCUUCCAUGCAGAGCCGCUGGGACUGUCAGUGAGCUGUGUGUAACUGUGUCAAGCAUGAGUGAUGAGUGUGCACAAUCUGUGGGAGAAUGAGGGUCUGUAUUAUUACUCUUUUUUAACCCCAUAUGAUAUGAUUUCCAUUUGUAACAUGAAGUCAGAUUUGAAUACUGUAAAUUGUCUUCCAAUAUUGAUACUGAAAGAAAUGCAACAAUAAUAUGCGUGACUGAGACAAACUGUCAAACUUCAUUGUUAUUAUGAGUCUGAGUUUUUCUAUGGGCCUCUGUUAGUCUUCUUUCCAUUCUACUCAGUGUUAACAGUAGUACUUGUAGCUAUAGUCGUGUUGAAGAUGUUUGUUCUUGGGCAUUAACAGAAACCUCUGACAGGAGGAUGCAGAAAAAAGAUGACAUGGAAUAACUCAUUUGUACAGAUUCAGGUUCAAGUUAUUGCCUGAGCCAAAAAAAAAAAAAAAAACAAGAACUUCAUCAACCUUUUUCUAUGAAGAGUCCCAAAGUGAGACAUGCAGCUCAUCAUUUUCAAUGGCAAAAAAUAAAAUAUGUCUAUGUGGGUUCUAAGGGUUUAAAAAAACAUUGCAAAGAGAAACUUUUGAAAACAUACAUGUACAUUGUAAUUUACGCAUACAUAUAUUUGUAAAGUCUGGAAAUGUUUUUCGGGACCACUGUUUAGAUGCAUUUUGGGGCGGGUUCAGACAACAUGUUAUGAUCCUUCCUGGACUCUUGUCGGGUGGUUUCAUCCGCCGUGCCAUCAUUACAACCCCAGCCUCCCCAAUUCCCCCCACCACCACCCUUCUCCUAAACCUGCCUUUAUUUGGUCACAUGUUCGGCGCUACCCUCCUUUAUCACUCGACCGACAAAAGAUCAACCACAGAGACAACAUCGUAACCUCCCCAAAGAUUCUUUUCACUGUGCUUCCCCUCCUGUGACCGCUGAGUCUGAACUGAUCUGUUUAUGUUGAUGAGAAUGUAAACACAUGUAAAGAGCCCCACACCCAUACCCCUCUUCUGAGCCGUCCCGUGAGAUUGCAGAUCCAGGUGGAAACCGUGGACAGACAGCUACAUGAAACAAUGAAGAAACAAAACAAAACCAGACGCUUCCAGAUUCUCUACUUUUUUCAUUCUUUGAUUUCAUUUGAGAAAAAGAAUAAUGUGAUCAAACUGCACACAGAUAGCAUUUAUGUGGGCAAUAUGAAUAGUAUGUAGUUGAGAAUAGAUAUAUCUAGAUAAAUGAUUAUGGUUUAUCUAAAUGUGUGAUAAACUUAAACACUGUAUUGCACGAAGUUUAUAAAAAAAAACAAUAACAGACA